AUCUAGAGUCUUCCAAAUUUUUUGCUCUUGUGAAUUUUUGAAUUCCAGCAUUGAGUUGAGUGCCUAGUUUUUUUUGGGGGGGACGUGAGUAAAAGUUUUCUGAAGGUAGUCGGGGAGAAGUGUGUUUUUUUUUGAAGUUGCACGUUUUAUUCCCUAAACUACAGAAAUCCCCGAGACAGCAUUUGCAACUGGGCGCAGAAGGUAAACGUCUGGACCUUCCUACAGCCCGCUCAUUGUGUGUGUUUGUUGGUCUCUCAAGAACUUUUCAGUUCUCCCUUGGCGCUUUCUACAGAGAGAAAAAAAAUAUACAUAAUAUUUGUCUUGCCCCGGAAGUGUUGCUGCAGCCGGCGAGUUGAAUGAGGAAGAUGGCAGAGUCGGAAGAGGAGGUGGACGUUUUGGUUCAGAGGGUUGUCAAAGACAUCGCCAACGCGUUCAGGAGGAACCCCAACAUUGAUGAAAUUGGAUUGAUUCCGUGUCUUGAAGCUCGGUACAAUCGGAGUCCUAUAGUUCUGGUGGAAAAUAAGCUCGGUGUAGAAAGCUGGUGUGUUAAGCUUCUUCUGCCCUGUGUCCAUAGCAAACUUGUUCUCUACAGGCAAAGAAAGCUGUGGUUAGACCGGGAUGCACUGACUGAUCUCACUUGUACUCUGCUGCUUCUAAAUCCAGACUUCACAACUGCCUGGAAUGUCAGAAAGGAACUGGUGCAGUUGGGAGCUUUAGAUCCAUUUAAGGAUUUGUAUCUCGGAAAAUUGGCCUUAACAAAGUUCCCUAAAAGUCCAGAAACUUGGAUUCACAGACGUUGGGUAUUUCAGAAGGUCGUUCAAGAAACUUGCCUUCCGAAUUCAAGGAAUAACGCCAACGUGGGAGUCCUAUCUACGGAACAAAUGCAUCGAAUAAUCCAGGACGAGAUGGCUGUCUGCUCUGAUGCUGCUGGAAGGUAUCCAAGCAAUUACAAUGCCUGGUCCCAUCGCAUCUGGAUCCUUCAGCAUGUGGCAAAGUGCAAUCUUAAGAUCCUCCUUGAUGAAUUGUCCAACACCAAGUACUGGGUGUCCACUCACGUCUCUGACCAUAGCGGUUUCCAUUAUCGCCAGUUCCUGCUGAAGUCUGUGGCGGGCAGUUCUAGAAAUGCAGCCAUUGCAAACACUGGGGUUCUUGUGAGGAAGUCCUCCAGUAAAGACCUUUGUGACGGUCUUUCCAUGCACGCGAAGGAAGAGGGUGCAUUGGCAGAGACGCACACCGUAGACGUGCCCCUCAUGAUUGAAGAGGAAAUGGAGCUUUGCACUGACCUUAUUGAGUCAUACCCAGGCCACGAAGCUCUGUGGUGUCACAGGUAA